AUGAGUUCCGCCGCGCGAUCUUCCAACGUCCACCAGGAUUAUAUUGCGAGAAUUAGAUACUCGAACGCGCUUCCUCCACCACCAUGCCCUCCGAAGCUGCUUGAUAUACCCAAUACUGGCCUGUCCAGUGGACAGUAUACGUCGGCUAGCUUUGCGUCGCGGCUGGCACGAGAGCAACCAUUGAAUAUUGAGGCAGAUGCAGAACUGGGUAUGCCCAUCGAUUUGGUGGGUAUCCCAAAGGUCUUCGAUGGCGACGAGUCGGCUAUACAGGCGAUGCCACAUCCCCCACCACUAAGCGCUGCGGAUAGAGCACUGAUGCGACCGCCGAAUGCCCUGGGUAAAUCAAACACCACUGCGACAGGCAUUACGUUCUUGCGCCGAACCGAAUAUGUCACAUCAACCACGACAGGAGGAUCAAAGUUCGAAUCAAGUAACUCGUCAAACACAAUGCGCCUACGACGGAAACGGAAAGUAGCCGAGGCGAGCCACGACGAUCCGAUCAACAUCGCCAGGCACAUCCUGAAGGGCUUCAACAUCGCUUACCCAGCAGAUGCAUACAAUGGACAGGACAGCGCAGAGAACUUGCGGGCCGCAGAGUCGACAUCCGAGGAGCGAUUGGCGUGGAAUAAGCCUACGCACCCAAAGGGUCACUUAAAGCUCCUCGACGCUUACCCUCUACUCCCAGAUUGGGAUGCCACACCAGACACGGGUUCAUACAUGCUCUUCAAGUUCCUGGCGCCGCCCGUCAACAACCCAAGCGACCGCUCCUACGACCCACGCCUUGACGUCGCGAUUGUCCGCCCCGCGGGUCAGACAAUCGAAGACCACGAGAUCUACCUUCAAAACUACGAAGAGCAUAGAAAAGAUCCCGCCGUGCCCACGCCUAUCCCACGCUACCAGUUCGAAUACUUUCUUCCACCAAACCGAGAAAAGGUGGCGGGCAUCAAACGCAACUUCACCACAAACGACCCCGACAACGACGCCGAGAUCGACUUUGACAUUGCAGAAGACGAUGAAGGCCAACCCCGCAAGUGCUUCAAGUACGAAAACAUACGCACGUACGAGACAUAUGCCCAGACCGGCGAUCCUCACGAUACCUAUGGCGAUGCAGUUGCCAUGGCGCUGCACGACCCAGAGAAGCAUGAGAGCGAGCGCCUACGCAAUACGAGUCUGCAGAAGGCAGCCUACUUUUACCCCAUCAUUCAGAAGACACACAUUAGGCCGCGCCGACCGGGCAGGCCGAACCUUACCGAGGAACAGCAAAAAGUCGAUGUCAUCGAGGCCGCGGGUAGGGAGCCCGGAAACGAGGCGGAGAGGCGUGAAGCGUUUAGAAAGCGGGCUGAAGGCAUUGUUGAGCCUCAAGCUCCUCAGCGACAGGAUACUGAUGCACAUGAGGAAGCUUGA